AUGCCGCGCAUCUAUGCGCCCAUCAAGGCUAAGAAGCGGCCCACGCCCAGAGGACUCAUGGAGGCAGCUGCGCGGAGCGAGGACCCAGUGCAGGAGAUGCUCUCGGCUGCAAACCCUCUCUAUGGAAUGGGCACCCACCGCUCCAACCAGUGCAAGGAGGAGGCGCGCACACCGGGGCCCGGAGCGUACAGGACGCUCUCGACCUUCCCAAACUCUCACAAAGACGAGGUCGCGAACCACAACAUCUUUCAGCGUGCCCCUCGCGGGUUGCUGAGCGGAAGGGCGCGAGACUUCGGCCGUGUCGCCGACAUCUCGAAUCCGUAUUUGAUAGUCCCACCAGUGGUCACUAUGUUCCAUGAGCAGGUCAGCGGACAGGAGCCGAAGAGGAUGUCUGCUGCGAAGAACACCAUCAACACCAUGCCGCCCUGCAGUGCGAACCACAAGAUCCUGAAAGGACACGGCGGGACCAUUCCAAGAGGUCAUGGCCUCCCCUUCUGA